AUGGUGCUGGCCCUCAAGAUUCAAGAGAACAAGGCCGCAAUCAGUGAGGACAGAAACCUGAGGAAGCCUCCAUCAGCUGAUGGCUCGAACUGCUCGAGGGCACUGAGAAACCGGGGGGGUUCCGGACCAGGGGGCCAGGCAGGGAGGCGGCCACCCAUGGUCGAUGUACCCAGACUAACGAGUCUUGAUGCCCUGAUCGCGGUCAAAGAUGGCAGAGUCAUCCAGAAGGCACAGGCAGUAGCGCCCCCGCGCGCCAGUGCGCGUGGCAGCGGAAAUGGUGGAGCCAGGAGCAGUGCUCCGUGGGUGGGCCUGUCAGGACAGAUGGCAGAACCAAAACGGGUGCCCGUGACUGUUCUCACUGGCUUCCUCGGCUCCGGGAAGACGACCUUGCUGAACCACAUCUUGUCAACACAGCAUGGCAUGAAGUUUGCCAUCAUCGAGAAUGAAUUCGGCGAGGUCGGUGUGGAUGAGAAAGUCAUCAAGGAGGACUCGGAGGAGCAAGUCAUCGAAGUGAUGAACGGCUGCAUUUGCUGCACCGUGCGAGGGGAUCUAGUGAAGGUCUUGAAGAAGUUGCGCAGCAAGCUGGAUACUUUCGAUGGGGUCAUCAUCGAGACCACCGGAAUGGCAGACCCGGCACCAGUUGCUCAGACAUUCUUUGUUGACCCAGAGGUCCAGAAGAUCUAUCACCUGGACGGGAUCGUCACUGUGGUUGACUGCAAGCAUGUGCUGGCGCAUCUGCAAGAAGAGAAGCCGGAAGGCGUGGAAAACGAGACGGUCGAGCAGAUCGCGUUCGCAGAUAGGAUCAUCCUCAACAAGACGGACCUGGUGGACGAUGCCGCUUUGGAGGAGGUCGUAACCGAAGUGCAGAAGGUCAAUAAAGAUGCAGAGCUCAUUAAGGCCCAGCACAGCAAGGUGGAUCCGGCGAAGCUCCUCGGCAUCAACGCCUUCUCGCUGGACCGAGUUUUGGAAAUGGAUCCUGAGUUCAUGAACACGGACGGUGAACACCAGCACGACAACAGCAUCAGUUCCAUUAGCUGGAAGUUCGAAGGAGAGCUGAAUGUCAACAAGAUGGAGAUGUGGAUUAGCGAGAUGCUCCAGACCAAGGCUGCAGACAUGUUCCGUUACAAGGGCAUGUUGGCCGUGAAGGGAAUGGACACGAAAUACCUCUUCCAGGGUGUGCACAUGCUCUUCAAUGGUGGCUUCUCUGAGGAGUACCAGUGGAAAAAAGGUGAGACACGAGAGUGCCGCUUCGUCUUCAUCGGACGCAACCUCGACAAAGCUUUGUUGGAACAGAAAUUCAUGGAGUGCAAGGUCACUUCUGAGGCCAGGUUCAAGGUGGGAGACAGGGUGGAGGCCAAUGUUCCAGGAGGCUGGAAGAAAGCGAAGAUCAUGAGAGUGUGGGACGAGGGCAACCCAUAUCGCAUCCAGCUGGAGGAUGGCACACAGGUGUGGGCACCGGAUGAUUCGGAUAACUUCGUGCGGGCUGUGAAGGGUGGCUACUGCCUUUGUGGCGCCGUGGCAGUUGGGCGCCAGCGUCGCAGGCUGCGCGCGCUGCCCUUCGGCAUCUCUGUGGUGGGCACAGGCUCCGCAGCUCCAGAAACUGUCGUCUCCAAUGACGAUCUGGCGGAGAUCGUGGAGACCAGCGACGAAUGGAUCUCACAACGCACUGGGAUCAGGAGAAGACAUGUCCUGGCCCCCGACGAGUCGCUAGCGUCGCUGUCUACAAAAGCUGCGAGCAGAGCUCUGGAAGCUGCGAAGAUGUCGCCCGAAGACGUCGACCUGGUGAUCCAUGCCACCUCUACACCGGACGAUCUUUUUGGAAGCGGCCCCCAGGUGGCAUCCAUGCUGGGUGCAGACAACGCGGUAGCCUUCGAUCUGACGGCAGCCUGUUCAGGCCACGAAGACAAAGUUUGCAUGGCAUUCGGCAUUGAUUCUGACCAGGCGAUGUAUUGCAGCUUAAUGUUGCUCCCUCUUCAAAAGAGGGCCAGCAACAUCAUGGAUUUUGGAAGUACCGUAAAACAGAAAACUGUUCUGGAGAAAGAGCUUCACUGUAUACAGGGUCACCCAACAAGAAGAACUUCUGACCUAGCACCUAGCAUGGGAAGUUUCGCAUUUGAGGGUCACCAAAUCAGAGAUAGUGACACGUCAAAGCAGCACUUGCUACAUCUCUAA